AUGGGAAUUAAAUACGUGUUAUUAGUAAGUCGUCAAGGAAAAGUACGUCUUGCCAAGUGGUUUAACACUCUUUCACCAAAAGAAAAGCAAAAAAUCAUUAAAGAAGUUACACAAAUGGCAUAUUUUGUUUUGGAUGAAUUGAUAAUUGCUGGAGAAAUGCAAGAAUCCAGCAAAAAAUCUGUAUUAAAGGUUGUCAGUCAACAAGAUCAGCUUGAAGAAGGAGAAAAUAGCGAAAAAGGAUGGCCGGAAAAAUAA